CUGCUAUCAAAGGAACCGCUCCAUUCGCACAUACAAACUCACCUCUUCUGGGGGACCCGCGCGACCCCACUCCCUCCGCAACCACGUACACACGGGACACAAGCAGUACUCACGCCUUUGCCCCAAGGGCAGCCAUACAUACUCGUUGCUUCCUGCCAUCGCCCAGCUAUCCACCACCCAUCUCCAGCCAUGUCUCUCGAAUCCGCCCUCGAUGAGGAGCGCAGGGAGGUGAUGCGGCUGCUGGAAGGCAGGACCGCUGCACCAGCCCAACGAGCUACGAGUCCACACGCAAGCGGCCGCGCCCAGAGCCCUGCUGUUGCUGUUAGUCCCAUCCGCAGCAUGCUCGACGUCGGCGACAACCCUUCCUCGCCUCGUCAACCCGUGAGCUAUGGCAGCAUGCUUUCGCCCACCUCGCCCCAUCGCCCCUCCAGCCGUGACCCUACGCGCUCAUCAGCGCCCCCAACGGGUCGCAGUCUGAACCCCGAAGCACAAUACCAGUUCCAGAUGAUGCCUACCAUCGAGGCGCAUUCCAUGCCCAAGAGGGUCACGCAGGGGGGGAAGAAGAAGGACAAGAAGGACCCGCGCGCCAUGUCCUCGGUAUAUGGCAAGUCGUCCGAUAUUCUCGGUACCACGAGGGAUCGUGACCGCCACAGCACCUUUGGAGGGCUCUUGGGCAAACCUAAGCAAGCAUCGCCCGGGCCGAGUAGGUCUCAGUCCCCCGCAGGCCAGAUGCUGAACACCAAUUCCCUGAAUCUGAUGUCCAACCCCACCCAAUACGUCACCGACUCUGGACAGGUGGUUGAUUUGAAUAGUGCCUAUCGGAGGCUCUCGGACGGUGCAAUGCUGCGCUCGGGAGGGACGUUAUCUACACUUCCUAUCCGGAAAGGAUCCGAUCCUGCCAAGGGCGUGGAAGAGGCCCCUGGCGGAGGUGUUCGUUUGACCACGGACGAGUAUCCCGGCGACGACCGGGCCGUCGAAUCGAGCGAGGAUGAUGACGACGACGACGACUCUAGUGGAUCCUCGGAUGGCGAGGGCUGGGGAGGAAGGAAGCGUAGAGGUAGGAGACGCACGCGGCAGGAUGAUGUUGAGGGGAAGCACGGGGCUGAGAAGAAGACACCGAAGAGCUUGUUGGCAGCUGCAGAGGCUGAGCGCCAGGACGUCUCGUCCAGCUACAAAGUGCGAUCACUGCUGGAACCCGAAUUGACAGUGACAGGUCCAGGCGGUGAGAAGGUGAGCGCAAAGAAGAAAGGCCGGAUCCAACCCCACACCAGUUACGAUAGCGGGUCCGGCCUGUCCACACCCUUCAGCUCCGACACCGAGGCCGAUCUAUCGGAGAUGAAGGCCGCCCAGCAACUCGCCAUGAACAUCUCUCCCAUCCAGUCCAUCCCCGAGGCGCACCGGUGCGUCCGCCAGAUCCUGCGAGGCAACUACGCAAAAUUCCAGGAGGAUGCGGAGAAGGGCCUGCGGAGGCAGAGGGUGUACCUCGUGGCGACGGAUUUGAGCGAGGAGGCGGCGUAUGCGCUUGAGUGGACGAUCGGAACCGUGCUGAGGGAUGGCGACACGCUGCUCGCAGUGUAUGCCGUCGACGAGGAGACGGUUGGUGCCGGCGACGACAAGACAACCCCCGCUGGCGCGGCGGCGGCCGGGACACCCACGGCGCAGCAGGAGUCGGACUCGCUGAUCAAGACGCUGUCGAAUUCGCAGCAGAUGUCGAGAUCGGGCGGGCUCGCGCCGCCGGGCCCGGAUUUCAACACGGUGAGGGCGUCCGAGUCGAACCCGGAGACGAUGGGCAAGGCGGAGAAGGAGCGGUACACGGCGUGUGUCGAGGUGAGCGAUCGGUGUGUGAAGCUGCUGAGGCGGACGAGGUUGCAGGUCCGCGUCGUGGUCGAGGUGUUUCAUUGCAAGAGUCCCAAGCAUAUGAUUACCGAGGUGAUCGACUUCCUCGAGCCCACGCUCGUCAUCCUCGGCUCCCGCGGCCGCAGCGCCCUCAAGGGCGUCCUCCUGGGGAGCUUCUCCAACUACCUCGUCACCAAGAGCUCCGUGCCCGUCAUGGUCGCCCGCAAGCGCCUGCGCAAGCACAGCAAGUACAAGCGCAAGAACCUAAGGUUGAGCAAUGUCCUUACGAAUCCGACGAUGGGGAGGAGCCUGGCGAAUGCGAAGAUUGAUUAGAAGUUUACUUCUGCUUCUUUUGCUGGAUGAGUGAGGUCUUGGCGGGAGGCGGUUGGCGGGAGUACUGAUAUCCAUAUAUCCAUAUCCGUAGCUUUGAAGUGUUUUUUUUCUUCCCCAUAAGCAUCAAUAUGCUCCUCCUCUUCGGGCCCCAAUCCCGCUCCAAGUCAUCAUCUUCUUGAGUAAAGAAUACAAGCAAGGAGUUCAAAGACCAGUCUCUCCUGAGCGGCUCAUUAUAGCCAAAGU